UGGACGCUUCGCCAGGAAAUUAAAAUCACCAGCAAGUUUCGGGGCAAAUAUCUCUCCAUCAUGCCUCUGGGUACCAUCCACUGCGUCUUCCACUCUUCCGGCAACCAUUACACGUGGAAAAAAGUCACCACCACCGUGCACAACAUCAUCGUGGGCAAACUCUGGAUAGAUCAGUCGGGUGAAAUCGAGAUCGUUAAUCACAAGACGGGCGAUAAGUGCAACCUCAAGUUCGUUCCUUACAGCUACUUCUCGCGGGACGUGGCGAGGAAGGUCACCGGGGAGGUGACAGACCCCACGGGAAAGGUGCAUUUUGUCCUGCUGGGUACCUGGGAUGAGAAGAUGGACUGCUACAAGGUGACGCUGGGCGCCGGGGAUAACGGAGCGGAGGGGCGGCAGAGAGCCCACGAGGCCGAGGAGAGCCGGGUGCUGCUGUGGAAGAGGAACCCGCUCCCGAAGUACGCGGAGAACAUGUACUACUUUUCGGAGCUGGCGUUGACGCUCAACGCGCCGGAGAGCG